AUGGAUAAAGAAGACAGCAUUAGUUUGACUCCAGUGAAAAAAUUUGCCACAUUGAAUCUAAGUUCAGCUCAAAAAGGUAGAAAACCGUUGUACCCUUCUCUGGAAGGGUUUCCUGACACGCAUGAGUCGCCUAAUCAGAUACAACAUCAUCUAUCGUUGAGCAUGGGAUUUGAUACGGACAAAUCUUUAGAGAGUUUGUUUCCGAGGAGACUCAACAAAUCUGUUCUAGAAGAAUUGAAUGACAGAACGGAGAAGAUCAAAGGAUCUUUAUCGUACCGACAAAAACUUCAAGGGAGCUCGCUCAAAUCUAGCUCAUUGAAAGAGAAAUCCCGGUUUUCUUUAGCUCAUUCCUCAAUCUUCGACAAAAUGGAGUCCAUAAAAGACCACUGUGCUGCGCAGAGGCUAGAGCGACGAGUAGUAGAGCAAUCUGACCAAGGUGAUGGUCGACCGUCUCUACUCCAAACGGCGACAAAACGACGCCGAACACUGAGAGGCCCUCAAGAAAUCAGGGAGCCUUUAAAAGAAACCAAUACCCUUAGAACAUCCACCAAAUCUUACAAUCUGAACGAAAUUCUGCAUAAACCAUCCGAUGGUAUUCCCAAGAGUCGAUCCAGAUUACAGUUGAAAAAUGGCAGCUCUAGGGAAGUUGCCUCUGGAACGAAGGAAGCUUCAGCUCCUGGACUCAAAAAGAUUCCCCCAAGUAUAGUUAGGGCCAAAACUGGAGACUUUGGCUAUCCCAGAUUGGAUCCAAAUAGUGGCAAUCCUUCUAGACACACUCGUCUGCAAGAAAGAAAGCCAAAGACGAUCGCCAAACCAACAAAUAAUACCCCCAUUUUGCAAAGACAUCAAAAAACGCUCCUAAAAGCUAAUUCUAGUCGGAAAUUAGAACAAGAGCCUGCAGUUCCAGCCAGAACUGACAGUAUCAAGUCAAUUCCAAGAAGUGUUUCUUCCAAAGGAUUUGAUAGAUUUUCCAGAACUGCGAUGCAAACUCUUGGUUCCAUUCCAAGAUCGAGAACAAUGCAUAACGAACUAAAUAUUUCGAGUUCUCUAGAGAAGUCAACGUCCACCAGCUCCAGAAAGACGAGGCCAGCUUGGAGGUGA